AACGACUCGACUCGCAUGGGACUAAACCCGUACAGACAGCGUACCAGCCUGUAUCAACUACAUACCUACUACUCAUCAUCCUCAUCGCCGACUCACCCUCCUACCCUCCUGCCCUCACAGCCUUCCCACGCCCCAGACUUAUCAACGACGCCUGUGCUGUAGACUCUAUCUACAGGCACUGAACUCCCCAACGCAGCUUCCCCACCUUAUCGUCGCUCAUUUGACCCCAUCUCCAACCUCACCGUGGUCGCCGCGCCUUCACCACCACCAUCUCCAAGGCGACCUCCAUCACGUCACCGCCUUUGCCGGGUCCCUCCUAGACCUUUGACUAUCGGCGACGACAAUCUCGAUCGAUUGCCUCCUCUUGAUCCUCCUCUCCGACCUUAUCCUCUGCAGGUCUAUGUUAGAAUACGAAGAGAGUCCUCCGCCACUCAAUCACUCGCCUUCUCCGAGUGAUCGGUCGCAUUUCACCUCUCGAGAUACGACCCCAGUUACACCCGUCGGCAACGGGCCGUUCUUUGGCAGGAAGACAGACAAGGACACGCUCCCGUGGUUCAGGAAACCCAUCGACGUCGGACGCACUACUACGAGACUUUGUUUAGACACCGACUCCUCCCUCCUCGCUCCGGACUUUGACGACAACUCUUUCCCAACCUUUGGCGCCUCGCCACCACACAGGGGCAUGGCGAGCGUAGCCAACCCUCUCGAUAUCUCCUUGAGACAGACUUCGACUUCGCCGCGUGGCAACCAGCCGUCAAAUUUAACCUCCGCGCUGCAGCGGAGCGACAGUGAAGAGAAGCGCAUGAUGGCCAACCCAACACCAGAAACAGCCCUCAACCGCCCCUUACCACAGAUGCCUUCGAGUUCCUCGAAUGACUUUGCCAACUUUGAGCAUGGUGCGAGGCCGAUCUCGGUCAAAGGCAUGGCGAAUGAUAGGGCGAGACGCGAGAGUCUCGCCCAGAGCCUUAACGCGGGCAUGAGUUGGGGAGGAAUAUCCGUGGGAAGUUGGAUACGAGACGAUAUGGUCAUGUCUGGAACCUCACCCUUCACCUUUAAUUCGCCCUCGUUCCAUUCCUCCUCUUAUCUACCCAAACUCGAGGCCAACUUCAUGAAAGACUUCUCUUGCUGUGGCCUGACCCUACCCACCUUGCACGAUCUGCUACAACACUACGAGGAAGCCCACGCGCAGAAGGAUCCGCAGCAGUCCACUACCAGCCAGCAAACCGUUCCAGAUAGCCGAGCUGCGAUCGCUGCAACCACGGCGGCUCAGGUUCAACAAGAGGCGCAACAGCGCAAUCAACAGCAGCAACAGUCACACAAUGGCCCUGGUCGGCCUUUCGGGACGCUGCAGAACGCGGUCCAGAACGUUCACAGACCUUCGGGCUUUUCUAGCACGUUGCAGACGAUACCAGACAUGGACACAGUCGAGGACAUGGAGAUGGACGACAUUGACGGAGCCGAUGAGACGACACCGCCACCGAAUCUGUACACUCAGAACCAAUCCCAAACUUCGCCCCAGACCUCCUUCGCAGCCCCAUCGCAACAGCCCCAAAUACCUCAACUCAACACCACCAUGAUGCAAGGGCACCAAGCCUACCGGCAAUCCGCGCCCAACACGCCCGUGGCGCCAGGGCGUAACGCGGCACGCUUCCAGGGCAACACUUCAUCCACUUUGAUGCCAAACCCCAUGCAGCAGUUCCAAGACCUGCAGACUGGAUAUCGAGGUACCCCAGACUCGUCCGCUCCCGGCACGCCGGGCGAGAUGGGAGACGGGAUGAUGGACGGUAUCGACGACAUGUCAAUGCAGAACCUCGCCCUUUACAAUGGUCUCCCGAACGGGAUCGGUGGCUAUAAUUUCGGCAUGAAUAACGACAUGAUCGAUCUCUGCAUAGACGAGCCAUCGAAGAGGCUAUUCUCGAGUGGUAAUCAGGGCAUGAACCAAGGCCAAGGAGCGCAACAAAUCGCGCAGAAUCGACUUGGGACCGGUCAGUACGGAGCAAACAGUGAAAUCGCAAGGACAAUACGCGAACGACAAGCCGCUGCCGGACUACCCGACACCACAACAAACAUUCUUCCGCACGAAGAACCUAAACCCUUCCGAUGCCCCGUAAUUGGCUGCGAGAAAGCCUACAAGAAUCAGAAUGGAUUGAAAUACCACAAAGCGCACGGCCACAAUAACCAACGACUUCAUGAGAAUGGGGACGGCACGUUUUCGAUUGUCGAUCCCGAUACCCAGGCACCCUAUCCCGGCACCAUGGGAAUGGAAAAGGAGAAACCUUACAAGUGCGAUGUCUGCCAGAAACGCUACAAAAACCUGAACGGGCUCAAGUAUCACAAGACACAUUCGCCGCCUUGCAACCCGGAGCUUCAGCUGAAUGCGAACAAGAGCCCAUCAAUUGGUAUGCCCAACAUGAUGGCUGGCCAACAAACUGGAAAUAUGGGAGCUGGUCUCUCGGGGGAUCUGUCCAUGAUAUGAAGAAAGAUACCCAGCAUGUUACGACCAAAGAGACUAUUGUCAUCCGAUGCGCACAAGCAGGUUGGCUACUGCUUUGAUCGGGAAUACUUUUCCUUUUUCAUAUUAUUAAUUGACGAGAGACGGCCGAACAUCCAUGAUGGGAAGAGCUACCCUCACGACAGAAAAAGUUGGUAAGGCUCAAUAUCCUAGGCGAUGACAAGCAAAUGCGGUCAGCAGAGGCCUUGGUCCCCUUGGGAGGAGAUCAAGAGAAAUCUCAUGCAGGCGGUCCGUCUCGGACUGAAUGGUUUGAAUUUGUGCAACACAAUCAUAGACAGGUGUCGUUGGGUUAUCUUCAAAAGUUUACUUGCAUCGAAAUUUCAAGGGGGGAAGGGGGGGUUGUUCAGAUCCGGCACCACGACGCACAAGUGGAGGCAAACUGCUCGAUUCCGACCAUUUCUCGACUCGACUACAACGGCGUUUGAUACAGGACAGCUUGAUAGACGACUUCGGUGGCCGGCCCUUGCAAGCCUACAUCUUCCCAGCGGAUGAUUUGGUUGAAGGGCGGCGUUUUGUACACGAGUACGCAGAGAGCGGACUUUGUGGGGUUCGGCCCUGCUCGAUACGUUCAGAUUUAGAGAGACUUUUCUACGUUGUGUUAAGCUUGAGGCUUUGGAGGAGGUGAUGUAUGUGUGGUGGACGCGACGAGCGGGAAGUCUGUCUCCCUCCUGGAGCGGUCUGGAGUGGGUGGAGAGAUCAGUUGAGCUUUGUAUUGGAUGAGUACCUGGCAGAUGUGCAAGAGCAUGAGUUAUCGUUCAGCAAGAGUUGUUGCACCAUAGAGAAUCGCAGAGCAGCAAAGUUGGAUACAGUGAAUAAUCACAGCCGUUAGAGCAGUCCAAAG